CUCUUCAGUUUAGGCUUUUCAGGCUGCGUGAGUUGCGGUGUCCUGCGGGAUCGUGUUUGAGGGUGGGGGUGAAUCUGCCUGGUUGGUACCGGAGGUUCAGCGAAGGCGGAGCGCUGUAACGUAUUCUCCGCAGGCACGGCGCGUGCGACGGCUGCUCGGCGUGCUGGCUGCUUCCCGAGCCCUUACCUGGCCGUGCCUCGCUGCGGGGUCAGUGAGCGGUGCCCGUCUCUCCACCGUUGGGGAUGGCACUCGCCGCACCUGCAUUCACGUCGGUUAAGAUGAGUGAUGCAUGGCGAGAUAGAUGGCAUGUUGGGGAGAGAUGUCUUGCACCUUGUCCUGAAAAUGGGAAGUUUUCUGAAGGAACAAUAUCAUCUUUUGAAAACGACAAGAACGGAAAAUCAUUCGCUAUUGUAUCAUUCUUAGAAUCUGAAGAUAAGAAAAUACUAAUAUCUGAGCUCUGUAGAGUUGAAGCUGGUAGAUGUUCCUGGAAGAGUGUAAUAUUUGAUGAUGGUGACCUUGAAAAGCCUUAUUUUCCUGGCCAAAAUCUUCCAUCUUCAACAGAUGCAUUUAAGUUAUCUGAUAACGGUGAUUUUAUCCCAUACACAAUUAAUAGAUACCUGCGUGGCUAUCAAAGGGAAGGAGCCCAGUUUCUCUAUUGGCACUACGCUAAUAAAAGGGGAUGCAUUCUUGGAGAUGAUAUGGGCCUUGGAAAGACAGUACAGGUCAUUUCAUUUUUGGCUGCAGUGUUACACAAAAAAGGAACACGUGAAGAUAUUGAAAAUAAUAUGCCAGAAUUUUUACAGAGGACAAUGAAAAAAGAAUCAAAAUGUAACCCUAAGAAGACUUUCCUCAUAGUGGCCCCUCUUUCAGUGCUGUAUAACUGGAAGGAUGAGUUAGACACAUGGGGGUACUUUAAGGUCUCUGUCUUACAUGGCAGUAAAAAGGAAGGUGACUUGAAUCGCAUCAAGCAAGGGAAAUGUGAAGUUGCCCUUACAACAUAUGAGACACUUCGCCUCUAUUUAGAUGAACUUAACAAUAUAGGGUGGUCUGCUGUCAUAGUGGAUGAAGUACACAGGAUCAAGAAUCCCAAGUCUCAAAUAACUCAAACCAUGAAGUCCUUAAAAUGCAAUGUUCGCAUAGGCCUUACCGGAACCAUUCUUCAAAACAAUAUGAAUGAACUUUGGUGUGUCAUGGACUGGGCUGUACCAGGACUUUUGGGUAGUAGAGUGCAUUUCAAGAAGAAAUUUUCUGAUCCACUGGAGCGUGGCCAGAGGCACACUGCAACUAAAAGAGAGCUAGCAACAGGUCGUAAGGCAAUGGUGAAGCUAGCAAGAAAAAUGUCUAGCUGGUUUCUGAGACGUACAAAAGUGCUUAUCAGUGAUCAGUUGCCAAAAAAGGAAGACAGAAUGGUGUACUGUUCCCUGACAGAAUUCCAGAAAGCAGUGUACCGGGCCGUGCUGAAGACAGAGGAUGUAAGCCUAGUAUUGAGAGCAAGAGAGCCCUGCAGCUGCAACAGCGGCCGUAUAAGGAAGAACUGUUGUUACAAAAUUAAUUCCCAUGGUGAAACAGUUAAGUCACUGCAAUUAAGUUACUUGACCAUCCUACAGAAAGUUGCAAAUCAUGUUGCAUUGCUGCAGACGGACAACACUAGCAAGCAGCAGGAAACACAUAUCAAACGGGUUUGCAAUGAGGUGUUUUCCAGUUUUCCAGAUUUUAUGCAGUUAAGCAAAGACGCAGCCUUUGAAACAAUUUCAGAUCCAAAGUACAGCGGAAAAAUGAGGAUAUCUGGGUGGUUGAAAUCCCCAUCAGGACAAGUGCCUGUGAACAUGAUGCCUCCUGCAGCUGAAGGAAGAACACCCCAUCAGCAGGCUCCUCUUGAUCAGGUCCUUCAGCAGCUUUUAAAUCACUUCCGAAAAAACAAGGAUAAAGUUCUUCUCUUCUCCUUUUCCACGAAGUUGCUGGAUGUGCUGGAACAAUACUGUAUAGCAUCUGGGCUAGAUUUCCGAAGACUUGAUGGAAGUACAAAAUCAGAAGAUAGGAUCAGAAUUGUAAGAGAGUUCAACAGAGUUCCAGAAAUUAACAUAUGUCUUGUAUCUACAAUGGCUGGUGGAUUGGGUCUUAAUUUUGUUGGUGCGAAUGUUGUUAUACUGUUUGAUCCAACAUGGAACCCAGCAAAUGAUCUUCAAGCUAUUGACAGAGCUUACAGGAUUGGUCAAUGCAAAGAUGUUAAAGUGUUUAGACUGAUAUCCUUGGGAACUGUGGAGGAAAUGAUGUACUUACGACAAGUUUAUAAGCAGCAACUUCACUGUGCAGUGGUUGGAAGUGAAAAUGCUAAGCGAUAUUUCAAGGCAGUGCAAGGAUCAAAGGAGCAUCAAGGAGAGCUUUUUGGAAUUCAUAACCUUUUCAAACUUAGGACUCAUGGGUCUUGUCUUACUAAAGAAAUCCUGGAGAGGGAAGGACAAGUAGAAGCUGGAGUUAUGACCGUGACUACUUGGCUGAAAGAAGAACCUCCUCAGGGCAGUUCAGAGAAUUGUGAACAACCAGACUAUGAAGGAGCUAGAGGUCCCUCAAGCACUAAGGCACAGUUAGAAGAAACUGAUUUUCAUGAUUGCUUUAGUGAUGAUGAUAUUCUGGAAACUUCCGUGAAAAAAAGAAACAGAAAGAAGCCUUGCAGUGCCAAUAAUUUAAUGAUAGCAAAGAGACAGCUUUCCUUAUUGCAGUGUGGAUUCUCCAACUUGUUGCAGAAAGAAAUUGAAGCUACCAAAAAAAGUGGUAAUAAUGACUCUCACCAUUCAGGUUCUGAUAGUCAGACUAUAAGAACAUGUCUCAACAGCAAGUGUGAUGAUGUUCAGAAAUGUGAAAGCUAUGAGCAUAUUUUGGAGCACAGAAAAGCUGCUCAGUCACCAAAUGGAACUGAUAAACAAGUCAUGCAAAGAGCAGAUUGUCUUGUUUUAUCAGACUCUGAAGAAGUGAACAGAGAAAAUCAGGAUCUAUGCAUUUCAAGGCAAAGUGAUGUAGUAAUUGAAACUGAAAGCAGUACUGACGAAAAUUGUGAUGUCAUCUUUCCUACCCAAUUUCCAGCAAGCCACCAAGCAGUAAAUACUAAAAAAAUUGAAAUACAGACGUCAGCAUCUGAAAAUUGUGAAGAGCCACUAAAAGAAAAAGAUGAGUUUGUACUUAAGGAAGAAUAUAGGCAAUUCAGAUCCCAUAGUACUGAAUCAAAUUUCAGCAAAAUUGUGUCUUCUAAAAACAUGAAAGACAGUGCAAGAGGUUUGAAAGGUGAAAGCAACGUAAGUGAUGAGUCUGAUGAUAUUGAAAUUCCCUGUCAUUCUGAAUCAGAAAAAUUAAGAACAUUCAGCUUCAUGAGACGGAAACGAAGGCAUACUCAUAGCAAUGCACUAGGCAAAUUCUCAAAAUCUCUGCCUCAAAGGAAGAAGCCCCGGAGUAAAGAAAAAGAAUGUGAUUCUCACAAUAUAGAUGAAUUUUCAUCCUCUGAAGAUAACUUACAAGUUGAAAAAAUUCAUACACAAGAAAAAAGCUGUAAGUGUAAAAACCGGAGAUGCAGAGUUCAGUUCAGGUCUAAAAUGCCCCAUCUUGUUCAGGAUAGGAUGUGCUUUGUUGCACAGAUGAAGUCUAGCAAUUAUGCUGUGCAUAGAAGUUCUGCACGUGGAGCUCAGUUUGACCAUCAGCAUCAAAAUGUGGAAUCAAUGGACAGAUAUUUAGAUGGAGUUCAAGAAGUUGCAUAUAUGCACUCAAAUCAGAACGUGGUUGGAUCAAGUAAGGCUGAGAAUCACUUGAGCCGGUGGGCAAUGCGAGACGUGUUUGAGUUGAAGCAGUUUUCCCAGCUCCCUGCUAAUAUAGCAGUCUGUAGUGCCAAGGUUGCAGAACUCUGCUGAGAUACAGCUUGAAGUUUAUGUUGUGGUUUAACCCAGCAGGCAGCUAAGCACCACAAAGCCAUCUGGGGGAAAAAAAAAAAAAAAGUAGAACUCAUAAGUUGAAACAGAAAUAUUUACUAAGACAGAAGAAAAAUAGUAGUAAUGAUAAUUAUGUGAUGCGCAACACAAGUGCUCACCAGCCAUUGACUAAUGCCCAAGCCAGGCCCUGAGAAUCAGCACCACCUGUCUACUCACUGCAGUUUUCUAGAUCAACAUAUCAUAUGGUUUGGAAUAUCCUUUUGACCAGUUUAGGUCAGCUGUUCUGAUUCUGUGCCUGCCCAGCUCCUGGUAGUCAACGUUGUUUUUCUCCUGAAGUCAAUACAUAGCAUCAUAUCAGAUGAAGAAAAUAAUAGAAUCACAGAAUCACCAAGGUUGGAAAAGACCCACAAAAUCACCCAGUCCAUCCAUCCACUCACCACCCAUAGUUCUCACUAAACCAUGUCCCUCAACACAACUGUUCCAGGACAGUUGUCUGGAAAUCAGGACAAUCUGUUGUAAAACUUUGGACUCUUCUUUCUGUGGAGAUAUUAGUGCAGAUGUACUCUCAAUUUCUGCUUGCUUUCAAAUGAAUUGUGUAAACUGACUAGUUUGAUUAGAAUGUUCACUUUUAUAAUAUGGUAUCCUCAUGUUUGACCACUGAAAAUUCAGUUAGGUAACAGCAAUCAGAUAUAAAGUCUACCAUUGGGAAAUAAAACAUGGUGAGAGCUCUCAAGGUCUCAGCUAUGAAAGAUGAGAUAAUGUGUGAAAGUAGUAAAUGUAACAAUAUGGAGAAUGCUUGAAUUAGACACAGGAGAAAUCCAUAUCUUGGAUGACUAGUCAAAGUCAGUGUUGUCCAUUUUCGGAAUUCAAGAAGAAUAACUAUUUGAAGAUAAUUUGUAUAUGAUGAUUGUUGCAGCCAGUGAAUAUGGCAGUGCUUUUUAAUCACAUGCUCUUGAAUAAACUGAUUAAAAUAUUGUUACCAUGAAUCAUACCUCCUAUCUCAUGUCUGAAAAAUGUCCAAAUUCUGCCUGCUGGCCACAACUGGCUGCGUCCAAUCAGUGUAGAUUUUGAGAAGAAGGGACAGAAGAGUGGAACUUGCUGUUGUAUGAUGAUCUCCCCUUAACAGCUGGUGUUUCUGAUAGUGCUGUUCAUGUGGAAGGCAGUGGACCAUCAAUGAACAGACACCUGUUUAACCGACCUUUUAAAGAGCCUCAGUAAUCAAAAGAAAAUUAGGGAUUUUUGUUCUGUGAAGAUAUAUGGCUGAUAGCUGAAAAAAUUUUGGAGGAACAGAUUAUCCUGUAUUAGAGUAUAACAGUGCAUUUAAAGUAAUUUCCACUAAAUCUAUCCUCUGUAAUUCUGAAAAUACAUUGUAUAUCUCAGAACCUAAGUGUCUCUGACCAGUCAGACAUAUCUCUUAGGUUGCAGUUUGUAGUUUUAAACUGAAGACAGAAAUGAGAGUCAACUGUCUGGUACCAUUGGGCACAGAGUAUCACAUCAGGCUUCAGUGUUCUAAGCACCUGAAAGUAGAAAAUGCCUGUAGUUUAAUGUGACAGAUAUUUCAGUGAAUAUUACUGAAAGAUGGUCUUUGUUCCUUCUUUAUUAAUUUGAGCACAGAAGACAUUUAAUCUGCUGUUUCACAGAAGAUUAUGUAUAAUAAGUGAUCUUCUGUAGAAGUGUAAAGGAUGAAAGUUAUAUUAAAUAUACUAGAGUAAGUAACCUGGUUUUCCUCCAUUGUCUGUGUAGCUUUCAGGCUGAUUGAAUGACAUUCAGUCAUCUUUCUUCUGCAUUUUGGUUUCAGUUCAAAUCUGUUUAUAAGUCUGUGCAAAUAGACUUGGAAACUCUUAUCAAAUGAGUGGGAGAGUUUCUCUGUUGCUUCAUCUAUUAUGAAAAUACUUGAUAUUCAGCUAUCUUGUAUAACUACAAGGUACUGAAGAAAGAUAUUGGAAACAAAAACUUCUAAAAUAAAAAAUGGUCAACAGGUUUCAUUCACAGACUUCAUGUUCGUUUAAAACCACAAUAUAGUUUUUAGGGUAGAUGUAAAGUUACAUUAGUCUUCCAAAAAACAAUAGAAACAAAAAAGCCUGGAAAAUCAUUCAUGUGAUACUUUCUUAGUGAUUCUUCUAACAUGAUUAAUUUUGUGGAAGAAAAUGAAAGUUUUAUCAUCUUCUCAAAGUUCUUAAUCAUCUACUAGGUAUUUCUAGAGUAUUUUUUCCUAGUGGGUUCCAGGCUACAAAGCUGCAUGCAGCAUAGGAGUUUGCUACUUAUUUUUUUAGGUAACUUGCAUUGUUUUUUGAGAAGCUUUUUUUAAAAUACAUUAAGAAGUAGAAGCUUCUGAGGACCAAGAUUAAAUAUCUUCUUACAAUGUUUCUUGUCUAUUCAGAAUUAAAUGAUGCAUUCCUUAAUUUCCUAUAUAUUUUUAGUGUUAAUUGGCAAAAAAAAAAAAAACUUGUGUGAAAUAUUUUGCAGAGGUACAGUAGUUGGAAGUUGGCUUCCUUCCUGUAAAACUGAAUUUAUGAAUUAUUUCUUCAGUAGGAAUCUGGCGGACAUGAAGGGGGUUGGAGUAUGGGGAAGACUUUACAGAAGGCUUGGUCAUUUUCUAAAAAAGUCAAAAAUAUGAACUGGGUAUACUGAAUAGGUUGAAAAAUUGAUUAUAUCCUGCAUUAGAGCUAACCUUCUAAUAUGUGGAAAAACUGUUAGUCACAUAGAACUUUUACUGAACCUGUUGAAUAUGUGGAGUCUGUUAUUUUAGUCAAAUGCAUAUUUUCAAUUUAAGUUUACUUAGUUUUUACUGAAAAGAAAUGUAUAGACAGCCAUUCAAUUGAGAAUUAAUCACCAUGGCAACAGAAAUGUGGUGACUGGAAAGGGAGAGGAUGUAUUCUCCCCUCCGCUUCCUGCCAGCUGUCAUAUUCAACCUCUGUGGCAUGAAUUCAGUCCAAAAUACAAACUGUGAUGAGCUCUAAGAAACUAUAUCUGUAUUUUUGUAAAUUUGUACAAGAAUCUCACUAUAAAAAAAGACUUAAUCCUCUGAGUUGGAUGACAGAUGUUGGGCAGUCUUGCCGGUGUUUGACAGAGAUGCUUUGUAGUAAAACCUGGAUUAAUGGUAAACCCUUAAUGUUACGGCAGUGUGGUGUAAAUGAGAGAACUAAGCAUGCUGUCAAACAUGCUUAGUUCAAAAUAGAAACAUGCUCUUUGUAUUUCCAAGGCAGAUUUAAGUGCUGUUGAUAAUGCUGUAAAUACAAAAGUUGUGUUAAGAACUUCUCUUUAUCAUACCUGUAUUACGCUGGCAUUUUGUAGAUCAUUUAAACAAAGACUUUGUAUCAGUUAUAGUAACUCUGAUUGCAGUCUGUUUGUGCAGCUCUCAGAUUCAACAUGUUUAGAUUAGUAUUUACAAUGAGUAGGCUUUUGGGAGACAACAUUCCCUUAUCCUUACUCUUCUGGGAUAGGGAAGUCUAUUUGGCUUUAGAACAAUUGUUCCCAAAUGACUGAUCUGUAAUGCUGCUUUAUUGACAUUACUGUUUCAGUUUAAAAAGGAAUUAACUAUUUCAGUAUGGUUUUCAGUAGGUAUUUUUAAAUAGGAUGAAUUCGUAUGUGAUAUUUUGUGAAGCAUGUCGUUGCAUUAUCUGUAUGGUGUGUUUGCCUGACUUCUUGAUUUAGUUCUGUUUAAUGAAGGAGUGGGUGUACAAAGAAGGGUAGCUACAAAUCCACAGACUUCUGCUGGAAUAGAUAGUUGCCUUAGCUUUGAAUCCUGAGAAAGGCUGACUGUCUAUUUUCAUCUCUACAAUAACAAGUAUGUUAAUUUAUGGUAAGGUGUUCAGUGCAAAAUAAGGUGAUAAGAUUUACAGAUUUGUUUGUUUUGUUAACAAGUCAAUAAAAUUGCUCUGGUGAGAAA